AUGAAAGAUUCAGCUAUGCAAGAAAUACUAGACAAUCCAGAUGAGCCGCCAGACCUUUAUGUAGAGCUCCAGCGACGCUGGGGCUGGGGAGUCACCAUAAGAUACCCCCCAGGUGGCCCACAUGCACAAUUCAAAGAGUACGAAAAGGCUAUGGAUCAAAUGACCAGAGAGAUAGUCGAGAUAUGGAAUAAGAUAAGAGCCAUGGUCAGCAAUUAUGAGUCCAAUAUUCAGUCAUUCAUCCGGGAAAAUUACCCAAAAGAAUGGGACAGCGAAUGGAGUACCAAUAACCGUCUGUAUGCUAUUUUAAGAGACUGGGAGCAGACUGUCGUGAAGUUCAACGACUGUCAUCCAGAUAUUAAAAGAUUUAUGGAGGCUAAAUAUACAGAAUCUGAUUUUCUAAUAGAGUCUCCCACAGAUGAAGCAAUAGUUUCGAAGGCCCCUUUAAGAUUUCUUCUCCGUUAUUUCCAGGAGGGAGAAACAAUCCCCUUGUCAGAAAACGAACGAGACAUGUACCGCGCUAUCUACAACCAUCCCAGAAAUUUCUUUGAAACCAGUACCGUAAAAGAGUGGCCAAUGAAGGAAGAGCCAAAGUACAUUUCGCUUGGUCCAUAUGUAUGCAAUGACAAAGAUUCGCGCGUAUGGGAUAGAACGAGCCGAAUUUCGUUUUUGGCCCCUCACAUCAUUUCCGAAGACUUGUUCAGUUUUGAGCACCUGGUCUCGUUUAUCCACUAUCGUGGCCGGUAUCACCCUUCUGUUUUUACUAAAUUGGAUAAUGAUAUGACUUUCAUUGGCAGGAGGACUAAUAACCUAACAGGUCCUUUGCUUGCAAACCGCAUGGUCAGCUUCGAUACCUCCAACUCCGGUUACCGCCCGAAAUUUUGGUUUGGAUGGGAGGGUGAGAUAUCUCACCCAAAGAAGUUCAAGGAUGCGGAAGAUGAAAAAGCUUGGAAUGCGACUGCUGAAGAAUACAAUGACCUUUGGCGCCGAGGACAGCUCUUUGAGCCUUCAGGGGCUUGGAUCAUGCUUCAGAACCAGCGAGUAACAUAUCUGUACAUGUUGAAUGUCCUCACAACUAUUUGUCAGGACAUGAGCUUGGACUGUACAACACUAGUGAAUCCCAAUCCCAGCCGUGACCCUGAGCUGGUGUUUGCUGACACUAGAAAACGUAUUGAGUUUUGGCAAGAGAGGCCUACUGUCGAUGUGGUUAAACAUUCAGAGGCGGCGCUCUAUCUACCUCCACCUACCCGAAUUUCCUCUGUGUUUUUUAGGGAGCUGGAUAUCAAGAUGCAAGGAGCAGAAACCGGUAUUCAAGAAAUUUUCGAAAACCCAGAGCUGCUCUAUGAUUUUACUGAGGAGCUAAGAGGUCAUCACUGGGGGCAUAUUGGAAGAAAAAACUCUUUUGAAAAUUUCGACUCUAACGACACUUAUUCUAUAUUCAUGGAGAACUAUACAGAUAAAAAGACUCGUCAUAUGCUCUACUUUGAUCUCAUGAGGGGGAAUUUGAGGACCUAUUGUAUGAAGAGUUUCCGGAUUAUGGGAAGAGAGAUGCUCCUAAAGGUGAUGGCAUUGAUCUAUUACAACAACCUCCGCGAUUUCUUCCUACAAAGAAGCCAGACAAUGAGAGAUUUGGCAUUUGCCAUUGGUGAUACUCAUAGUAAUGCCCAAGACGCAAAAGCAAAGGCGAAAAAGAGACAGGCACAACAGACCACUUGCAAGACAGAAAAGAGGCACUACGGUGCUCCAGAUCUGAUAUACCACUCCAAACUAUUAGAUCCAUCUCAUGGUUAUGACAAGAUAAAGCGAAGCGAAGAUUGGGAGAGAUUACAUAUCUUUGAUGCUAUUGAGAAUUUUAUCGCCAGCCCAAUAGAUAACACAUUGUGCCGCAUCAAAGAAGUAGCAAAUUAUCUCUAUGAUAUAGCCUUACAUUCGGAUGGUAACUUUGAUUACAAGGGAAAUCCCAUCAUCACAGACUUUAUUCGUCAUAUAAUUGGUAGCCUCGUUAUCCUAUCAAGCCUGGCCGAUCACUUGGAGUCCUUGUGGCCUACAAUGGAUAUACUCGGAGGUGCAGCUACAGACGAGAGCUCGCGGCUUAGAUAUCUCCAUUCCGGCAGCGGAGACAUCUCGAUCAACUUCUUCGACUUUGACUCUUUUGACUUUGACGAUAAAAUUCCUAGAGAGCGACUCGAGAGGCUCUUCUUGCUCUUUGAUGAGCUUCAAGGAUUCAAGGAAGAAUCCAUCUCGAUAGGACAUGCUAAAGGGGACAUGAAGAGAUUUGGGGCGUCCCUGCUGAGAGACUUCAUAGUACCCCUGAACAAUGAGUCGGGCCCUUAUUAUGCGAAUAAUGAGAAGGCAAUUUCAAGGCUCGAAGACGUAAUGGGCAUAUCCAGAGAUGAUUGUCCCUUCGAAAAGGGAGAAAAGCCAUUCAAUCUGGAGAAGGAGGAAGCCGGACCGAAGGAAACGGUUCCUCUUGAGAGUCAAAUGCAAGAUUAUCGCUUUAUUGCACAAUAUGAGAAAGAUCUAGCCGAAGAACGCCAAUCUAGGAGAAAUAAACUAUUAGAAGACCUUUUAGGUCCAUCCAAGGAGGAUCGGGCCAAAGAGAAAAGGCGUAUGAAGAAGCAAGCUCGUAGGCAUAACAAGGCGAGGCAACGGUUGAAGGCAUCUGGCGAGCUACUCAGCGGAGAUGAGGACAAUGGCGUUGAAGGUUCUAGCCAGAAUAUCCGAGAUGUACAUAGCCGGGUUGAUUUAACUGAGCAGAGCUAUUCACGAUGGGGAGAGUCGCUACAUGCCACUCUCAGGCAAUAUUCACUUCCGCCAGUGCCUAAAACUCGAAUCUUGCCCGUUCCAGAUAUAUCAGCUCUGGCCAUCAACACGUCAUCAGAGCCCCUUCCGGCAGCUCCCGACGGCCUGCCCAAAGGCAUCAUCAAAAAAAGAGACUGGACCACUCUCGAAUCCAUAUAUGGCAUCCACGGCAGCGUAAACGCAGCAGUAACCUACAUGGAAGUGAAAUCCGCAAUGAACGCAAUGGGAUAUGAGGAGUUUGGAGGACGAGGAGGAAGCCACAUGAGCUUUUCGCGAGAGAAUGGUCGGUGGCCGCAUGACGAGCUGCCGCGCGGCGAGAAUAUCCUGCUGUCGAGUACGCAUGGGAUGAAGAGCGCUCUGGCUGCAAAGGGAAAAUCGAGGGACUGGGGCCGGAGGUUGUGCCAGAGGGGGUUGACGUUUGACUUUAUUACCAAGUGGUAUGUGAAAGGGUAA